AGUCAGUCAGUCAGUCAUAGGCUGUUUUAAGAAUUUCCAACUUCUUCUUCUUCUUCUUUCUUCCUCUUCCUCCCAGCUUUGAAUCCCAUUCCCUCCCCCAAAACAAACAUCAUUGUUUCUGAUUCUGAUUCUAAUUCUGAUUCUGAUAUUUGAUAUUUGAUAUUUGGGUGGGUGGGUAUAUCUAUCUUUGUCUAUCUCUAUCUCAUUUGCUCCAUUUCCUUUCAUAUCUCUCUCUCUCUCUACUAAUAUUCUUCUAUUUAGGUCAUCUUCAUUCAUUCAUUCAUUCAUACAUACAUACUAGUAGUAUGCCGACUAGUAUUACUUGUACUAUUUUCACUUCCCAACAUAGAUUCAGGCAAAUCUCUUUGGAACCCUAGCCCUAGCCCUAGACCUAGACCUAGACCUAGACCUACACCUACCAACAUCAACAUCAACAUCUCUUCGUGUUUGAUUAGUCAAUCGGACAUGGAGAAUGGCUACGAUGAUGUUAAAUUGGCCGAUAAAUUCUCCGGCUUGGCCGUCACCGCCACCAACAUCGUCGAUAAUGAUAAUGAUCGCAACAACAACGACAACUUGUAUCAGGUCAUAAAAGCCGUGGAAGCCGCCGAAGCUACCAUCAAACAACAGGUUGAAGAGAACACUCGUUUGCGGAACGAGCUCCAAAACAAAAUUCUUGAGCUCGACAGAUAUCAGAGGGUAGAUGAAUCAAUGGUUCAAAGACAUACAUGGAAUGGGCGGGUUCAUGAAUCAGCUCCCGACGAUAGGUUUAGGAACAUGAACAUGAACAUGAACAUGAGCAAUGCGUCGAUUGCUCCAUCUGGUCCAAUCAUUCUCCAUCAAGAUUUAAAGCCAAACACUGAGGCUACUACUACUAUGCAGAGUCGUGCAGAAAGCAACACCUCCACCAUCAGGCCUCCACCAGAUAAUGCCUUCUUCUCUUUGCAAUCUACACCGCCUUUCUCUCCGGGCAGGUAUCAAAUGGAAGAACAUGAUGCACGGUUCAAUUUAACUGGACAAGGGCUGAUGCCGAUGACUGAAGUUAAUAAUAGUAGCAGUCUCUGGAAGCAGGAUCUUGCUGUCAAGAUUCGGGAACAAGAAGAGGAGAUUAUGCAAUUACGGAAGCAUCUUGCGGAUUAUUCUGUUAAGGAAGCGCAAAUACGCAAUGAAAAAUAUGUUCUGGAAAAGCGCAUUGCUUAUAUGCGCCUGGCGUUUGAUCAGCAGCAACAAGACCUUGUGGAUGCUGCAUCAAAAGCUCUCUCAUACAGACAAGACAUAAUUGAGGAAAAUAUACGUCUCAGUUAUGCAUUGCAGGAUGCACAGCAAGAAAGAUCAACAUUUGUUUCGUCUUUGCUGCCUCUUCUAUCAGAGUACUCUCUGCAGCCACCAGUUCCUGAUGCCCAGUCUAUUGUUAGCAAUGUCAAGGUCUUGUUCAAACAUUUGCAGGAGAAGCUCCUUCUUACUGAGUCAAAGCUAAAGGAGUCUCAAUAUCAAUUAACACCUUGGCGUUCAGAUGCGAAUCACCCGAAUUUUGCUCCACAAUCACCAGCCCACACCAUUGGUGCACCGUUGAUAACUUCAAACAAAAAUGAACUUGAACUGGUCCCUCAACCAACACAUUCCCAUGGAAAGAUACCAAUUUCUACUUCUGAUGCUCAGACGGUCAGAGAUUGGGAUCCAUUGAGUCACCAUCAGAGUGGUUUGGGUGGUGUUGCAGCACAAACUCUGGAACAUGAGGACUUGGGGAGGUAUUCACCUCUUGCAAGCAGGAUUCCAGCAGCCCGUGGUAUACAUGGGCAGCUUGCUGUUACUCAAAGUGAGGUACAUGCAGCACGUUAUGGUGAAGAAAUCACCAGCAAACAGGUCACAUUUCGUGAACCAGUCAGCAACCGUGAGAUGGAUGAUCCAGAAUCAGAGGGAAACCAGAAUGAAAGAGAAUCUUCAGCAAAUUGGAGUUCAGGAAACUCACCUUACGCAACCACAAUUGAUGAUCCUGGCUCCUCGUAUUCUCCUUAUCUAGCACCCGUGCUUGAAGAACCUUCCUCAUCGUUUUCUGAGGCUGCAGAUGAUGAUCCAUUACCAGCAAUAGAGGGCCUUCAAAUUUCAGGCGAAGCUGUUCCAGGAAAGGAGCUCCAGGCAUGUGGAUAUUCUAUUAAUGGGACAACCAGUUGUAACUUUGAGUGGGUACGGCACAUGGAAGAUGGAUCUGUUAAUUACAUUGAUGGAGCAAAGCAACCAAACUAUCUUGUCACAGCUGAUGAUGUUGAAACAUACCUUGCUAUUGAAGUGCAGCCUCUGGACAACAGGAAGCGCAAGGGAGAGCUUGUUAAGGUUUUUGCUAAUGACCACAAAAGGAUCACUUGUGAUCCUGAGAUGCAAAACCACAUUGAGAAGACUCUUUAUAGUGGUCAUGCUUCAUAUAGAGUAUCCUAUUCGACAGGAUAUCUUGAUAUAUGGGAACCAGCUACCUUGUCCAUAAAGAGGGAAGGUUACAAUAUCAAGUGUAGUGGACCAAGUGGUGUUGUAGCCUCUGAAAAGUUUUCGCCCUCCACAGAUGUUACAAUUCCCUAUGGACUUACUGCAGAAUUUUUAAUUAUUGGGUCUGGUGGUGUUGAGCAUCUCUUAAGAGCAGAUAGCAACUCAACUGAUGUUAGCUGUUUUAGAGAUACAAUUGUGCUCACCUUGAGAUUAUUCAUCCGAAGGGCUGUUGAGAAAAGGAAAGGAAAGAAGAGGGGUAUAUUCUUUAGCAAGUAAGAUACAUUUUGUUCUAUAGCAAAAGAGAGGAUCUGCUUAUGUGCGAUCCAGUUAGGCAGUUACACACUUGUGGAUUGGGGAUUGCUGCUCAAGUUUCCAGAGUGACUUUGUGUGCUAUUUUCAGUAUUUAUGAUGUGAGCUAGAGUUGUAAUUGUAAUUGUAGGCAACGAUGCUUUAUUUUUGCCCUCCAUGCUGUAAUAUCCCCUCUCUCUCUCUCUCUCUCUCUCUCUCUGAAGUGCAGGAUGCGCUUCUAUGAUGGCUGCAUAUCUAUGCACACAAAUUCUUAUGCAUCUCUUUGCUCUAAUUGUAAUUCAGGAUAUAAUUUACAGGGAAGAGUAAAGAGGAUUUUUUUUCCAGGAAAAAAAAAAAAAAAA